AUGAAUUGUCUAUCGGUAAAUCUCAGGGGGGUACGGGAUUCCCGUAAAGUUGACUGGGUUAGGGGUAUUUUAACUUCUUACGGAGUUCAUUUUCUGGCGAUUCAAGAAACUAAGCUAGGUCCUUCGGCGAAUUUUAUGUUCAAUGGAUUCUGGGGUCGAUCGGCAUUUAACCUGGAAAUCGUCAGCGCGGAAGGGAGAUCAGGGGGCCUUGCUUGCCUCUGGAAUCCGGGUAUGUUUGUAUGUGAUUAUGUUAUUAAGGAUCGACAGUUUUUAGUUCUAUCGGGGUCAUUGCCUCAAUUAGGAGUCAAGAUAAAUCUGGUGAAUGUUUAUGCAUCAAAUGAUGCUGCAGUUAGGAGGUUGUUAUGGGAUAGGUUGCUCGGAAUUAAAAAUUCGAUCCAGGGGUUGUGGGUAUUCAUGGGAGACUUUAAUGAAGUUCGGGAGGAGUCGGAAAGAUUCAAUUCGGAAUUUUCUGCAUCAAAUGCUGAGUCAUUCAAUCAGUUUAUUUUGUCCGCGGGCCUAACCGAGUAUCAAAUGGGUGGGGGGAGAUUUACUUACAUUUCUGAUCGUGGCGAUAAGUUAAGUAAACUAGACCGGUUUCUUGUGUGUCUUGGCUUUAUGGAGAAAUGGCCAACUGCAUCGGUUUUGGCACUCAACCGAGAAGUUUCGGACCAUAGACCCCUUAUGCUAACUACUACCCCAUCGGACUUUGGUCAUAUCCCAUUCAGGUGCUUUAACUCUUGGAUGGAGAUCCCCGGCUUUCUUGACCUUGUGAAACAUUGGUGCAUUGAAUUCUCGUUUAAUGGGCCAGCGGAUUUGGCUCUUUCGGUGAAGCUUAGGUGGUUAAAAAAUAAAAUUAAAGCGUGGAUAAAGGAAGAACGGGUGAGAACGGUAGGGAUUUAUCUUAGUAGUAAAAAUCGUAUCAGUAACCUGGAAAAGUUGGCUGAAACUCGUACUUUGGAUGUAAGGGAAUUAUCUGAAAGGGCUGAAUGUAUUAAUAAUGUCUUGGAAGUGGAUCGAAGGAAACUAUUGGAUAGUAGGCAAAAAUCCCGAGCAAGGUGGGCCUUGGAAGGAGAUGAAAACUCUGCAUUUUUCCACAAUAUCAUUAACUCUAAUAUUAGCAAUAAUCGCAUAAACGGUCUCAUGAUUGAUGGCGUUUGGUGCUCGGAUCCGGUGGUCAUUAAAGAGGCUUUCUUCGAUUUUUUUUCGAAACAAUUCACGGAGCCGUUAAAUGUUAGGCCAUCCAUCAGCAGUCUGGGACUCGCUUCCCUUUCGGCUGUCGAAGCGGAUGCCAUUAUUCAGCCUUUUUCGGUCACUGAGAUAAAAGAAGCAAUAUGGGAAUGUGUGGGUGAUCGGGCCCCGGGCCCGGACGGAUUCAACUUUAAGUUCAUCAAAAGGAAUUGGGAUAGCUUCCAAGGUGACUUUAUCUGA